UGAGUGCGUUGCGCGCGGCACCGUCAUUGUUUUUGUCGUAAUAGAAAAUACGGAACGACGGGCGCGCCAAAAAUCUAUCACAAGCCCUACAUUACCGUCUCUAGCUGCUUCCACAUUGCUUUCGACCCGCCAAGCACCAUCAACCAUGGGCAAGCACAAACAGCAGGUCCUUUCCCGCUUCUUUGCUCCUAAAACCGCCACAUCACCGCUCACAACCACCGCACCGGACUCUUCCUCAGCCGCUGCUUCAUCCAUGUCUUCACCUCCUCUUUCGAACCCCAAUCCACCUACCCCACCCCCUAAAAUAUCCGCCACUGUCUCCUUCUCGCCGUCGAAGCGCAAACUCCUCACCUCUCAUCUUACCCCCAAAUCCAAGAAGCCAAAACUCUCUCCUCAUACACAAAACCCCGUCCCCAACCCCUCUCUUCACCAAAAAUUCCUCCAGAAACUAUUAGAACCUUCUGAACAAAUUCCUGAACACUCCAAUCAACCUUCCAGUUCUAACCCCAAGAAAUACACCCCUCUUGAACAACAAGUGGUGGACCUGAAGAACAAGUAUCCUGAUGUUCUUUUGAUGGUUGAGGUCGGUUAUAAGUUUAGAUUCUUCGGCGAGGAUGCCGAGAUUGCGGCGCGGGUGCUAGGGAUUUAUUGCCAUGUGGAUCACAACUUCAUGACGGCUAGCGUGCCAACUUUUCGAUUAAAUGUCCAUGUGAGGAGGCUGGUGAGUGCGGGAUACAAGGUCGGGGUCGUCAAGCAGACGGAGACCGCGGCAAUCAAGGCUCACGGGGCCAACCGUGCAGGUCCCUUCGUGAGGGGCUUGUCAGCUUUGUAUACAAAGGCCACGCUGGAGGCAGCGGAGGAUGUGGGUGGCAGGGAGGAGGGGUGUGGGGGAGUGAGCAAUUACUUGCUGUGCGUUGUGGAGAGGAGUUUACUUGGUGAGAAAGUUGAGAGUGGGAUUGAUGCAAAACUUGGGUUUGUGGCAGUGGAGGUGUCGACAGGGGAUGUUGUUUACGGGGAAUUUAGCGAUGAUUUUAUGAGGAGUGGGCUUGAAGCUGCAAUUAUGAAUUUAACCCCAGCCGAGAUGCUUUUUGGAAAUCAGAUUUCUAAACAAACGGAGAAGAUAUUACUUGCAUAUGCUGGCCCUGCCUCAAAUGUUCGUGUGGAGCAUGCUUCGUGUGAUUGCUUUAAUGAUGGUGGUGCGCUUGCUGAAGUAAUGUGCUUAUUUGAAAACAUUUUGGAAGAUAAUACUGCAGAUAACAGGAGGCAAAAUAUGGAGCCAGAGCAUGAAAAUAAUCACCCAACAAUUCAGGGCAUUAUGAACAUGCCAGAUCUCGCUGUCCAAGCAUUGGCUUUAACCAUUCGCCAUCUAAAGCAAUUUGGAUUUGAGAGAAUUUUAUCUCUUGGAGCAUCAUUUCGGCCCUUAAUGAGUGAAAAGGAGAUGAAUCUUUCUGCCAAUACGCUUCAACAAUUGGAGGUUUUUGGAAAUAAUUCAAACAGAUCCGAAUCUGCCUCCUUGCUGCAUAUCAUGAAUCAUACUGUCACAAUAUAUGGUUCAAGACUGCUUAGACACUGGGUGUCUCACCCUUUAUGUGAUAGAAACAUGAUAUCUGCUCGUCUAGAUGCUGUGUCGGAGAUUGCUGAGGCUAUGGGUUCGCUAAAAGCCUUGCAAUGCGUUGAAAUGCUUGAUGGGCAAUAUUCUGACAUAGCUGCUGUACAACCUGACUUCUAUUAUGUGCUUUCCUCUGUUUUGACAACUUUGGGAAGAUCAUCUGAUAUUCAACGUGGAAUAACAAGAAUAUUCCAUCGGACUGCUACGGCAUCUGAGUUCAUUGCAGUUAUUGAAGCUAUUUUAUAUACUGGGAAACAGCUCCAGCGACUCAACAUUAAUUCAGACUUCAAGAAUGAAACUGUGCAAGCUGAUACAGUGCACUCAGCUCUGUUAAAAAAAUUGAUUUUGACUGCGUCGUCUGCCAGUGUAGUUGACAAUGCUACAAAACUACUGUCUGCCAUAAAUAAAGAAGCAGCUGAUAAAGGGGAUCUACCAAACUUACUCAUCAUUACAAAUGGUCAAUUUCCAGAGGUGGCAAAGGCUCGGGAAGCAGUUCAAUCUGUGAAGGCGAAAUUGGAUUCUUUAAUUGGUCUAUAUCGUAAGCAACUUCGCAUGAGCAAUUUGGAAUUUACAAGUGUCUCAGGAACCACACAUUUGAUAGAAUUGCCCUUGGACGUCAAGGUUUCUUUAAAUUGGGUUAAGAUAAAUAGUACGAGGAAAACAAUUCGUUAUCACCCACCUGAAGUAUUGACAGCCUUAGACCAAUUAACACUGACAAAUGAGGAGCUCGGCAUUGUCAGUCGUGCUGCUUGGGAUGGUUUUCUGAUGGAAUUUGGCAAAUAUUAUGCUGAGUUCCAAGCUGCAGUUCAAGCUCUAGCUGCUUUGGAUUGUUUGCAUUCGCUAGCUACUCUUUCAAAAAAUAAGAAUUAUGUGCGUCCAGUAUUUGUUGAUGAUGAAGAACCUGUUCAGAUAAUUAUCUCCUCUGGUCGCCAUCCGGUUUUGGAGACCAUAGUGCAAGACAAUUUUGUCCCAAAUGACACCAACUUGCAUGCUGACAGAGAGUACUGUCAGAUUGUUACUGGGCCCAACAUGGGUGGAAAAAGUUGCUAUAUUCGCCAAGUUGCUCUCAUUGCUAUGAUGGCCCAGGUUGGUUCCUUUGUACCAGUAUCAUCAGCAAAGCUUCAUGUGCUUGAUGCCAUUUUUACUCGAAUGGGUGCUUCUGACAGUAUCCAACAAGGACGAAGCACUUUCCUGGAAGAAGUCAGUGAGGCUUCACAUAUACUCCACAAUUGCACAGCACGUUCACUUGUUAUCAUUGAUGAGCUUGGGAGAGGCACAAGUACACAUGAUGGCGUAGCUAUUGCUCAUGCCGCAUUGCAUCACCUACUGGAGAAGAAGGGAUGCAUGGUGCUGUUUGUCACCCACUACCCUAAAAUUGCUGAAAUAAAAUCUGAAUUUCCUGGCUCUGUGGGGGUAUAUCAUGUGUCAUAUCUGACCUCGCAGAAAAGUGCAGGCUCAGAGUCCAAAUCUGAUCAUGAUGAUGUCACUUACCUAUAUAAGCUCGUGCCAGGUGUUUCAGAUAGGAGUUUCGGGUUUAAAGUUGCACUGCUUGCGCAGCUACCUUCAUCAUGUAUCCAUCGAGCCAUUAGCAUGGCUGCUAGGCUGGAAGAAGUGGUAACCAUGAGGAAGGAAAACAAAUUGCAAAAAGGUUUGUUGGUAGAAGAAGCACCAACUGAUCGAGAGAAAAGAGCAAAGGAGAUACCGGAAUCUCUUGGGUGCUUUCGUGGUGGAAAGAUAACGAGUUCAGAAGAACGGAUUGGGGUUUACAGGGAGUUGUUUUCAAAUUUGAAACUUGCAGAACGUGAUGGUGACCCUGUAAAAAGCUUUCAAUUUUUGGAAAAUGCCAGAAUCAUUGUGAAAGAAUUAAUGAAUAGACAGAGCAAUCGCAUAUGGUGAGGACAGCGUCUGUACAUUAAUGGAUGCAGAGUUCAGAAUCAGACAUUGGAUUUCUUCAGUUUUGUAUAUAGAAUCAGACUGAUUGUAUUAGCUAAUGUGACAGAAGUAGUCAGCGGCGUUGUUGCCAUAGCAGAAGUUUGUUAAUUUAUUUAGCUGGCUUAAUCUGUCAUUAGGUUGAUGUAUUAGUCUUUCUCCUGUAAAUUAUACAUUGAACAGAACUGAACAAAUACAAGCGACUCAUUUUGGAUUAAA